GUGCAUCUGCAUCCGAGUUGAGUCAUUUUAAUUGCCACCCUCAAGCUGCGGAUUAUUAUUAUUUUUCGAUGUUUGUGCAAUGGGCUGGGAGGGGGCGUGGUCGCCGGCUCAUUUGUGUGUUAAUUUGGCAAGGCCACUCGGCGUAUGAGUGAUGCAUGUUGCGCAUACGCAACGUGGACUCACUGUUGGUUAUUUUUUUGUUCGUUUGCUUAUUUCUUGCUUCGAUUGGUGGCAGUGCGUGCAAAUUCCUUUUGCCACUUGGCUGGCGUUCUGGUCCGCGCAGCUGUGACCAUCCCAUGCAGAAUAAAAUCCACUGACAACCUGCGAGUCUUUUGGUUUUUUGCCUUUCCAAACAGUCAGCGUUUUGUAGCUGGCAAAUGUCAAUGAGCAUUCUCCUUGUUGCCGAAAAGAUGUCAAGCAUUUACGCUAAACUUGGCCGCCGCGACAUGCAGUGAGUUUUUCCCAAAAGGCGAAAAGAAGCAACUGCCCUUUUCGGAAAAGCUUACAAACAGCAAAAAAAAAAGGAGAAGGGGCUGGGGUUGGAUGGAUGUUGCCACCAAGUGGAGCAACUUGUUUUGCGCAAUGGUAAGCCUUUCGGCCGGAGGGUGUCGAUAUUAGUGGUAUUUAUUACCGUUUCGAAUCCAGUUUUCGUUUAUCCCAAUCAUUAGGUGAAAGGUCACAGACUGGACGCCCUACGAAAUAAGAAACAGCUUAGAGGCGAUGGCAGCAAGUCAGAUUUAUUGACAUCCGUCUGGGCAGACUUCUCAAUAUGCGAUUCUUGACACCAGGCGCAUUAAAAUGGUUUCCCAAACGUGCAAUUCAAUGGAGAUGAAGCUGAAUGAUGAUGAUGCGCUCGAGCGUUGAGAGUUUCGAUUGGAUUCCAAUUUACGAGCACCACCAGCGGCAGUUGCUUGCUAAUUUUUACCCACUAACCGAGGAGAGAUGUGGCUGAGAGCGUUUGUUUAACAAGACAAGGUACAUUGAGUAAACGAGAUGCCGCCGUUGAGACAAUAGUCGAACCCAUGCAUCUCGGCUGCCCCAUGCCUCCUCCCUUCGGCGUGCGAUUGUCUUUUUCUGUUAUUUUUUUUUCUAUGCCUCAGCUGGGGAGCCCAGCCACCAGCAACCAGGCACCACCACAGCUGCACACGAUUGCAAUAAAUGCCAUAAAGUAUCAAAAUCUCAGCACUCGCUCAGCGCCAAAGCUGCAAGCUCCGGCUUCAGAUUCAGAUUCAGCUACAGCCACAGCGUUUUCGUUCAUUCCAUUCCAUUUGAUUGCAUUUGGCGCCAAACCAAGUAUAAAAGCUGGAGAACCUGGGCUGCGAUCGGCACACAAGUACCGUGACAUUCGAGGAGCCACAACAUAACACGCGGUGGUGCAACUGCAGCAGAGGUGCAACAAAGGACUCACGUGGAUUACCCCAAGUUUGUGGAUAUAUUACUUUGAGAGGGCCUACCCAGGCCUAGUUUCGUUGUCAAGGAUUCUUCUUUUCGGUUGACUUGGAUUAAACAAUCAAAAGUUUGCAGCAUGGCUCUUAAAUGGGCUCUGGUGAUCACGACAUUGGCGUUGGCCCAGUCCGCGAAGCUGGAUAACAAAUACCUGCCGCCACCUGCAAGUGCGGCCAGUGCGGGCGGUAGUCCGGGAGCGGGACUCCAGGGACCAGGAGGUGGCUUCGGAGGAGGCGGCGGACCAGGUGGCGGAGGCUUCGGAGGAGGUGGCGGACCAGGUGGUGGAGGCUUCGGCGGAGGUGGCGGACCAGGAGGCGGAGGCUUCGGUGGGGGUGGUGCCGGCGGUGGAGGCUUCGGCGGAGGAGCGGGUGGCGGCGGAGGUGGGGGCUUUGGGGGUGGCAACAACGGAUUGGGUGGCUUCGCAAAUGGUCGACCCAUCGCACCUGGCGGUGGUGCCCCCGCUCCACGUCCCAGUUCGCCAGGUGGUGCUCCUCCGGCCUCUGGACCACCUAUUCCCAUCCUCUCAUUUGUAAACGAGAACGACGGCGAUGGCAACUAUCGAUUCAGCUACGAGACCGGAAAUGGUAUCAAAGCCCAGGAGGAGGGCACCGUGAAGAACAAGGGAUCGGCGAAUGAAAUCCCCUCCGUGAUGGGCUCCUACUCCUACACAAAUCCCGAGGGUGAGGUCGUGGAGAUCAUGUACACGGCGGACGAGAACGGCUUUGUGCCCUCGGGAAAUGCUCUGCCCACGCCACCACCUAUUCCGGAGGCGAUAGCCAAGUCGUUGGCUGCCCAGGGAAUCUCUGUGCUGCCAGGUGGUGGAUUUAGUGGAGGCUCAGGAGGUCAGGGUGCAGGUGGCGGUGGAGGCGGUGGUUCUGGCUAUGGAGGCGGAUCAGGAUUUGGAGGAGGAGCUGGUGGAGGAGCAGGUGGAGGCGCUGGCGGAGGAGCUGGUGGAGGAGCUGGUGGAGGCGCCGGUUAUGGAGGCGGAGCAGGUCGAGGCGGAGGUCCUGGAGGUCCCGGCGCACCAGGAGGAGGUGGAUUCGGCGGUCAAGGAGGUGGUGGCGGAUAUGGAGGCGCAGGUGGUGGAGCAGGUCGCGGUGGCUCUCCCGGAGGACCUGGAGCUCCCGGUGGAGGAGGUUUUGGAGGUGGUGGAGGAUAUGGUGGUGGAGCAGGUGCUGGAGGCGGAGCAGGUAGAGGCGGCUCUCCAGGAGGACCAGGAGCUCCCGGUGGAGGAGGAUUUGGUGGCCAAGGAGGAGCUGGUGGCGGUUAUGGAGGCGGUGGCGGCGCCGGCCGCGGUGGUGGCGGUGGAGGUGGAGCACCAGGAGCUCCAGGAGCUCCCGGUGGAGGAGGAUUUGGUGGUCAAGGAGGAGCUGGUGGCGGAUAUGGAGGAGGCGGUGGACGCGGUGGUGGUGGAGGAGCGGGAGCUCCAGGAUCGCCAGGAGGAGGAGGUGGAUUUGGAGGCCAAGGAGGUGGUAGUGGAUUUGGAGGCGGUGGUGGACGAGGUGGCGCUCCAGGAGCUCCAGGAUCUCCCGGUGGAGGUGGAUUUGGAGGUCACGGAGGUGCUGGUGGAUCAGGAGGAGGCGCCGGUCGCGGUGGUGCUCCAGGAGCUCCAGGAUCUCCAGGAGGUGGUGGAUUUGGAGGACAAGGAGGAGGUGGUGGAUUUGGAGGCGGCGGCGGACGUGGCGGUGCUCCAGGUGGUCCGGGAUCUCCUGGAGGCGGCGGUUAUGGAGGGGGUGCAGGUGGUGCAGGAGGCUCCGGUGGAUCUCCAGGACGUCCAGGUGCUCCAGGAUUGCCCGGCGGCAAUCAGUACGUGCCACCCCCAGCUGGAGGCGGUGCACCAGGCUCGCCCGGAAGACCGGGAUCAGGACCUCCCGGCGCAGGAUCACAGUACAUCCCACCUCCUCCUGGAGCGCCCGGCGGAGGUCGCGGCAAUGGGGAGUUCAACCCUCAGACAGGCUAUAGCUACUAAUCGAAGAUAUAAAUCCCAAAACGCCAAUCAAAUCUCUCAAAUCGAAGAAAUGUCUUUGCAAUGCAGGCUACCCUAAAUGUUCUCUCACUCGAAUGGUUAAUUUAUUUAUGUAAGCUUCCCCCUUUUUCAUUUUUUAGACAAUGUGUGUGUGCAAUUAUCGAAAUAAAUGAAUCUUGAAAACUUGAAA